AUGGAUGACAAAACGAUGCAAGGCUGGCUUAACUGUUGGGAGAGAAAAACUAUUCCCUGGCACCACACUGACGUCCACGAAGCUAUAGAGAAGUAUUAUGAAAUAUUGGCAGCGUCACCAACAGCCAAGAACAAAAUAUUCAUACCUCUGUGUGGGAAGACUGUAGAUAUCAAAUAUCUGGUAGACCGCGGGAGCGAGGUCGUGGGACUGGAAGCUUCCGAAAUAGCAGUGAGAGAUUUCUUUACAGAACAAAAUAUCGAAUACACCUCGGAGGACGUCCCUGCCGUGAAAGGAAAAUUAUACCGGUCAAGUGACAAAAUGAUCAAGAUAUACUGCUGUGACCUGUUUUUAUUUUCUGCUGAAGUAGAAUCUGGAUUUAGUGGUAUCUGGGAUCGAGGUGCUUUGGGUGCCUUUUCAUCUGAAGAUCGCAGAAGAUAUAUUGAGAUAAUGAAAACACUAACACAUCCAGGGAUAGGUUACUUGCUCGAAGUGGCGGAUAGGGAUCCAGAGAAAGGACCUCCAUUUUUUGUUUCGUUUGACGAACUCGAACAAGGAUUUGGGCAAGGGUGUGGAGUAAGUAACCUCUGUACUGUGGAAAAAACACCACCUGGGAUGAUGGAUUUGCCCGUAAAUUACGCGGACCUGAAAGGCAUGAAAGUUUAUCGUCUUACUUUUCAAUAA